AGUAAUGCGCUCUUGACGGCUGUGUGCAGUGAAUGAGCAAAAACAUGGCGACGUCCUUGGUCAGACAGACAAAAUUGCUGUCGAUUGUGAGCAGCCAGUUAAAUUCUGCUGCAUGUUUCAGGAACAUUCACUGCACUGCAGCUUGUUUGAAGAAUCGUGCAGCUCGUAUUCGAGUGGGUAAAGGAGACAAGUCAGUGACUUAUGAGCAGGCGUAUCACCCUCAUCACAUCGGGCACAGGAAAGGCUGGCUCUCACAACACACCAGUAAUCUUCAGGGUGAAGAUGGAGCGGCGGAGCGUGUUGUGGAGGAUGUCUUCAUCAGACGCUUCAUGUAUGGCACGUUUCACGGCUGUUUAGCGGAUGAGGUGGUGAUCAAACGCAGAGGAAACCUCCUGGUCAUCUGUGCUGUGAUGAUACAGAAGCUCUUACCGUCGAAAUUCUACUUUCUCAUUGGUUACACAGUGGAACUGCUCUCACAUUUCUACAAAUGUCCUGUUCAAAUCGAGAUGCAGACGGUAGAAGAAAAAGUAGUCUACAAAUAUCUCUGAGGCCAUGGUUGUGUGUUUAGAACAUUGCUAUUAAAGGAAGCUUAAGGAAUUUCUCUUUAUUUUUGUUUUACACUGUCCAGUAAGUGUAAAUGAAGUUUUUUUUUAUUUAGUGACGUGAAAGGGUCUUACACUGUGUGUACUUGUAAAGAUUAAAAUAUUUCUUUAUUACUUCAUGCCAUGGUUGGAAAUUAAUAGGGGUUUGGUGCAAAUAUGCUGACAAAAUGAGAAAUGACAAAAAAAAAAAAAGCCACUGCACAGAUAUACUAA